CAUCAUCAUCAUCAUCAUCAUCUUUCUGGUCGAGAUCUCUCAUACACGCAAUCUGCAGCUAUUGAUCCCGAUCCGGAGUAAACUUUAUACUGCUCCAGUAUGGCUACUUACACGCCAAAGAACAUCCUUAUCACUGGGGCUGCUGGAUUCAUUGCCUCUCAUGUUGCUAACCGGCUCAUCAGAAGCUACCCUGAUUAUAAGAUUGUUGUGCUUGACAAGCUUGAUUAUUGUUCAAAUCUUAAGAACCUCAAUCCCUCCAGAUCGUCUCCUAACUUCAAGUUUGUUAAGGGGGACAUUGGCAGUGCCGAUCUUGUCAACUACCUUCUGAUCACCGAAUCUAUUGAUACCAUAAUGCACUUUGCUGCACAAACCCAUGUUGACAACUCAUUUGGCAACAGCUUUGAGUUCACAAAGAAUAACAUCUAUGGCACCCAUGUGCUUCUAGAGGCCUGCAAGGUCACUGGACAGAUUAGAAGGUUCAUCCAUGUGAGCACUGAUGAGGUCUAUGGGGAAACAGAGGAGGAUGCUGUUGUGGGUAACCAUGAAGCUUCACAACUUCUUCCUACAAACCCAUAUUCAGCCACAAAAGCUGGGGCAGAAAUGCUUGUGAUGGCUUAUGGUAGGUCAUAUGGAUUGCCUGUGAUUACCACUAGAGGAAACAAUGUUUAUGGCCCAAACCAAUUCCCAGAAAAACUAAUCCCUAAGUUCAUUCUCUUAGCUAUGAGAGGAAAGCCACUACCAAUUCAUGGUGAUGGUUCUAAUGUAAGGAGUUAUCUCUACUGUGAGGAUGUUGCUGAGGCUUUUGAAGUAAUUCUUCACAAGGGGGAAGUUGGUCAUGUUUACAACAUAGGGACCAAGAGGGAGAGAAGAGUUAUUGAUGUUGCUAAAGAUAUGUGCAAACUUUUCAAUAUGGAUCCAGAAGCAAGCAUCAAGUUUGUGGAGAACAGGCCAUUUAAUGAUCAGAGGUACUUCUUGGAUGAUGAGAAAUUGAAGAGCUUGGGUUGGUCUGAAAGGACCAGAUGGGAAGAUGGUCUUAAAAAGACCAUCGAGUGGUAUACCAGCAAUCCUAAUUGGUGGGGCGAUGUCUCUGGAGCACUGCUUCCUCAUCCACGAAUGCUGAUGAUGCCUGGUGGUGUUGAUAGGCUUGUUGAUGGACCUGAAAAUGCUGAAUUUGAUUCAGAUGAUGUGGCAAAUAGCGGUUCUCAGAUUGGCAUUGUGGUUACCACUCCCAAAAGCAGUAGCACCUCUACUAAGAAACCGUCCUUGAAGUUCCUCAUCUAUGGUAGGACAGGUUGGAUCGGGGGUUUACUUGGGAAGCUGUGUGAGAAACAAAAAAUUCCAUAUGAGUAUGGAAGAGGUCGCUUGGAGGAUCGCUCACAGCUUUUGGUUGAUAUUCAGACUGUUAAACCAACUCAUGUUUUCAAUGCUGCCGGUGUCACUGGCAGACCCAAUGUUGAUUGGUGUGAAUCUCACAAGACAGAAACUAUCCGUACCAAUGUCUCGGGCACCCUGAACCUAGCAGACGUAUGCAGAGAACACGGCCUUUUGAUGAUGAAUUUUGCCACUGGAUGCAUUUUUGAGUACGAUGCUAAACACCCAGAAGGCUCUGGCAUCGGUUUUAAGGAAGAAGACAAGCCCAAUUUCACCGGAUCCUUUUAUUCAAAGACCAAAGCUAUGGUAGAGGAGCUGUUGAAAGAAUACGACAACGUUUGCACCCUGAGAGUCCGAAUGCCAAUAUCAUCAGACCUGAACAACCCGCGCAACUUCAUCACCAAAAUAGCUCGUUACGACAAAGUCGUCAACAUACCCAACAGCAUGACCAUCUUGGAUGAGCUUCUACCAAUCUCAAUAGAGAUGGCAAAGCGAAAUCUGAGAGGAAUCUGGAACUUCACAAAUCCUGGGGUGGUAAGUCACAAUGAGAUCCUGGAAAUGUACAAAAAGUACAUAAACCCAGAAUUCAAAUGGGUCAACUUCACCCUGGAAGAACAAGCCCGAGUGAUCGUGGCCCCACGGAGCAACAACGAGCUGGACGCAUCGAAGUUGAAGAAAGAAUUCCCGGAGUUGAUGUCGAUCAAGGAAUCGUUGAUCAAGUACGUAUUCGAACCCAACAAAAAACAGUAAUGAAGAUGGAUGAGAUUCGAGAUUCUUUCUUUGUUUGUAAACUGGAAAUCGGGUAGUUUUACUUUGGUGUAAUGGGGUUUGGAUUAUACGUCUGUAAUGUUUAAGUCAUUUGUUCCAUUUGGUAGAGGAUGAUGAUGAUGAGAUAGGAGGAGGCCAUUUGGUAUUUUAUAUUUUCUCCACCAAAACUUAGUCUGUUUACGAAUAUUUUGGGUUUUUAGAUUUGUUGUUGGAUUCUCUAUUAAAGAUUUGUUAUUCUGUGAA